GCUUGCUCCGACACCAGCUAACGAUUCAAGAGCUUUUCGACACACGGAAAGAAGAAUUCUGCUGCAAAAUUCAGUGGCGUCCUUUCUGGAUAUUCCGAAAAGCAAAUAAAGCAUGAGUCAGGGAGACCAAGAGAAGAGCAUGGAUAAGAAGGAAAUUGCAGAGGAGGAGAGGGAGAAGAUGUUGAACGCUGAAAACACGAAGCACACCGUGGCAUCGACCGCUCCAGACGCGGAAUCCGAAGACCAGAAACCCAAGAAGAAGAUUCCAAUAGGCGGUAUUAAGAUGCCCGGCUUCUGUCGUACAAAAAGCAAGGAACCUUGCAAAGAUGAUGAGGGUAAAUCUGCUGAAGCCGGCGAAGGCGACACAACAGAAAAAAAUGCUAAAGAAAACGAACAAAAUGUGACUUCAGAGAAGACGAACACGCCUAGUAAAGACGCAAAAGAAAAGGAAGGGCGAAAAGGAAUCCUUGACGCUAUAAAAUUACCCUUGGUCUCCGUUUUUCCAAGAAAAAAGAACAAAGAAGGUGAAGUGGAAUUGGGAACUACCGGAACUGCUGGAUUAGCCAGUGUCGAGACUCUUGAUGAUACUACAGGAGAACAAAAUCCUAUUGGCAACGAAGACGGUAUGGAAACCAUUCGACUCGAUGGAGAUGCACCGGAUGGAAUCGAAUCUCCUAAGCAACACUUUCUUGUUGCUUGUAUAUCCGCUGCAAGAAGAAAUAUGUUCGUGCUAGUGGCAACGCCGUGCAUUCUGAUAUCAGUUGUGAUCAUUAUCUGCAUCGCAUGCGUCGGUCCAAGAAAGGGUGCUUCACAGCUGGUGAAGGAUGGAAACUUCGUCGGAGCAGUGACUUCUUGUGGUCCUGUACAAGGCGUAACAGAGGAUGGUGCAUUCGCAUUCCGUGGAAUUCCGUAUGCGGUUCCGCCUUUAGAAAAUCGUCGCUGGCAACCCGCAGAACCUCUUCGAAAAAUUGAAUAUUGUUGGCCAAACAUUUACCAGGCACACAAUUCUUCGGAGGUCUGUUGGCAAUGGGAGGCCUCAGGACGAUGGAUUGGAACCGAAGAUUGCUUAUACUUGGAUGUUUUCACACCUAAAGUUAGAUACGAUACACCUUUGCCGGUAGUGGUUAUGAUUGGUGCAGAGACUCUUAGCGGUGGCUCUCCUGGUGUAAUGCAGCCUUCUGCAAAACUUGCUCGUGUUCGGGAUAUGGUUUUCGUCAGACCUAACUUUCGAUUAGGAAUUUUCGGUUUCUUAGCUGCGGAACCGCUUUCAAGAGCAACACAUCUUCCUACAUCCGGAAACUAUGGACUCUCUGACAUCAUAGCAGCUCUUCAGUGGGUUCAUCUAAAUAUCGAAAAUUUCGGUGGGAAUAAGUCAUCUGUUACUUUAUGGGGGCACCGAGCAGGAGGAACUCUCGUGACAACUUUAGUUGGCAUUCGACGAGCUAAAGAUCUCUUCCAAAGAGUUUGGAUCUCCAGUGGUAGCGCAAUAUUUCCUGGAAAGGAAUUGGAUGCUUCAGAAAAACUUAGCGCACAAUUUCUGAAUUCUAUAAGGUGCAAUGACGCCGCCUGUCUACGAAGCAAGAGCGCCGAGGAGAUAAUGGAUUCAGUUCCAGAAACUUGGCACGUGGGAGAUGUUGGUUUACCUGAGCCCAGGGAGACAACAUCAAGAGACAGAAGACAUGAGUGGCUAGUUCUCGAUGGUGCCAUUCUUCAAGGGCCUGUCGGCGAAAUUUGGGCACGGGAAGAAUUUUCAGUAAAGAUCGUGAUGGGUACUACCGCUCAUGCUGGAGCUCCUCUUAAAUAUCUCACUUCUAAUACCACUCUCAAUUCUACGCAAGUGGAAAAAAUUGUAAGGGAGUCUUUACUAGGAACAACGGGCAUGGCUGAUGAAGCUCUCAGACGUUAUAACGCAACAUUGGAAGGUUUGCUAAGCAUGAUCUCGGAUAUUCGUGUUGUAUGCCCGCUACUCACAGUUGCCAGAAUGAAGACUAAUAUUUCGUUCUAUGUGGCAACGCAACCACGUGGUCAAUUCGCAGAUCCUGAUAGCGAUGCUGCAGGAAUACUUGGAUCGUAUGCAGCACGUACACCCGCUGAAAAAAGACACGUGUCUGCAAUGCAGCAACUCUUCAAUCACUAUGUUUGGCACGGCGAGGUAGCUCAAGCAGAUCGUAACGGUGUAAAACGAGUUCUGAUUGUUGGGCAAGAUACGCUUCCCGAUCGUGAUUAUCCCAACUGCGACUUUUGGAUAGGAAAAGACAUCGUUCCAACUUACGGUCGAGUAGAUUGA